AUGGCCAACGGCGACUCGGAGAGACUAACACAAAAACAAGUGAAGUACAAGGCGGAGGAUGAAGCUAAUCGCAACCGGGUGGCAGCUAAGAACUCCCUCGGGUCCUACACCUACAACAUGAAACAGACCGUGGAGGACCAGAAGCUGAAGGGCAAGAUCAGCGACCAAGAUAAACAGAAGGUGUUCGACAAAUGCCAAGAGGUGGUCACCUGGCUUGACCGCAAACAGAUGGCCGAGAAAGAGGAGUACGAGCACAAACAGAAGGAGCUGGAGAAACUCUGCAACCCCAUCAUCACCAAACUGUACCAGGGAGGAGCCGCCCCAACCGGUGGCGCCGGGGGACCAACCAUUGAAGAAGUGGACUAGACUGGACUGAACUCUGCACUGUUCAGGGACAGUUAUUUUCCCAUUCUCAGUUUUAUUUUCAUUCCUAACCUUAAAAAGUCAGUGUCAAUAACAGUUUAUUCUGUUUGGAUGUGCAUAGAAGCAGAUCUUUCUCAGCUUCCUAUGUGCUUAUAAAGAGAAGGCAGUCCAGCUUGAUAA